CUUUCUCCAUAUGGUGUGUAUAAAUGAAACCCUUUUCUCCAACUUCUACACACACAAACACACACAAUGGAGGUGUCAAUACUGUCCAUGCACAUCAACCACAACCUAGCAAAACCGGCUGUUUCCCUCGUUCCUAAUUAUGUCAACAGACACAAACAUAGUAAGCUGUCCUCCAAGAAUCGGAAGCCCUUGUCGACGUGCCGAUCGGUAGCCAUGCAGAGUGGGCAGAGCAACAACUACUACGAGAUCCUGUCUCUCAGCUCUAGAAAUGUAGGGUUUGAUGAGAUAAAGAAAGCUUACAAGACUAUGGCGCUUCAGUACCACCCCGACGUCUGCACGACUCAUCUGACGAAGGAGGAGUCCACAAGACGAUUCAUCGAGCUAAGGGAGGCGUACGAGACGCUUUCCGACCCUAAUUUGCGUAGGGUUUAUGACUAUGAGUUGCGGUCGGAGGAUUCAUCGUCGGGGCUCCGGUUUGGGAGUAGAAGGGAGGGUGAUUACCCUAGGGAGGUGUGGGAGAGGCAGCUCAAUGGGUUGAGAAAGAGGUCUGCUGAAAGGAUGAGGAAAAGGAGAUUAUAGAAAUUGAUUAAUUCAUAGUCCACACAUGUAAUAAGGGAGAGAAAUUCGUUUAUUCAUUUAGAUUUAGUUAUAAAAAUUGUGUUUUUGUAGCUUUUGGAGUGUUUGCAAAAAUUUCAAAAUAUCUAAAGUUGAUAUUAGAAUUUUUAAAUAAUU